UCGUUCGUGAUCGUACGUUCAGUUUGCCAGAGGUUGGCGCAUGUUUAUUUAAAGCACACUGACGCGUUCUUAUGUACAAUUGCGCGCGCAAUGAAUCAGGCACCAGUGUCGUGUAUUCCAGCCGGGAAGAUGUCAAAAGCGAAGAAGGUGCUGGACGAAGCCCGCGAGAUCCAGAAUCCUGAGCUGGAUCUCGCGGACAAGGGAAUAACGACGUUCGAGGAGAUGCCCGGGUUACUGAAUAUGAUCAAUAUCACCAGGCUAACUUUGAGUCAUAAUAAAAUUCAAGCUGUACCUCCAGGCCUUGCAAACCUAGUCAAUCUAGAAAUAUUGAAUUUAUUUAAUAAUCAUAUUACUGAGCUUCCCAUCUCAUUGUCACAGAUGCCAAAGUUGCGUAUUCUUAAUGUGGGAAUGAAUAGAUUGGAUGUGCUUCCACGUGGGUUUGGUGCUUUUCCAGCACUGGAGGUGCUGGACUUAACGUACAAUAAUCUGAAUGAAAAGAAUCUACCAGGAAACUUCUUCAUGAUGGAAACUCUGAGAGCUCUUUACCUGGCUGACAAUGAUUUUGAAUAUUUACCACCUGAAAUUGGGAACUUGAAGAAUCUACAAAUUCUUGUGUUGAGAGAAAAUGAUUUGAUCGAAUUGCCGAAAGAAAUUGGGGAAUUAACGCGAUUGAGAGAGUUGCACAUUCAGGGGAACAGAUUGACUGUUUUACCUCCUGAAAUAGGAAAUCUGGAUUUAGUAAGUAAUAAAGCGGUAUUUAGAAUGGAAUUUAAUCCAUGGGUGACACCGAUUGGCAAUCAAUUGCAAGUUGGAAUUUCUCACGUUAUGGAUUAUAUUCGUUCCGAAACUUAUAGAUAUCUAUACAAUCGACACCAAAAUGCCAAAGGACCGCCACCCCCGAUCGAAAACGACAAGAGUAAGAAAAUAUCCCGUAUGCGUUGAAAUGGAG